GCCGAACCGAGUCGAGGACCGGGCCGAAGUCAACAUUAUUUUGGAUACCUAUAAGAAUGGAUAAUUAUUGUGCUGGAGUGUAAACAGAAAAGUGUGACGAACCCCGAUGGAUUAAUGAUAUGAAUACUGCCCUGUAGCACUAUCAAGUUCUAGUCGAUGAGGUCAUUUGGCCGCUAUUUGGGUCUUGUUUCCUCUCGGUAAGUCAUGACGGCAGACGUCGAACUUUGCGACAACUUCCAACGACGUUAUUAGACGGCCCAGUUGCCUCGAGGGAUGGCUCUUAGAUAUGAUAUAAUUGUAUGAAUGCCGCGAUUUACACCCUCAUUCGUUUCUAUAAGCAUUCCUCAUGAUUCACUAAGAUAAUUCUUGCUCACCAAUUCCCCCCUUUGCCAUUUUUAACUAAUCCAACCCGUUUGGCUGCUUACUGAGAUUAGCUUGUGGUAUCCCCACCUAGCGGCCCACCAUAGAAGAACGAGCAUCAGCUGCCUCCAACAUUUAUUAUUGGCGAAAAUUUACAAGGGCAUCUGCUCUUCGGGGCAUGAAUAAUUAGACGGAUGCUGCUUUUUUUCUCCGAAUCUCUUGUCGUGUAGGGCAAUUGAGCUCUAACUUGAAGAGAUGCAAGAGACCUAUGGAGAGCCAUCGAGUAGGACGGAGGAGAGCAGUCAAUCAAGCGAUCAGGAUGAGAAUCGGGAUCAGGUCCGUAGCAGGGGCGAGUCACAUUUUGAACCAAUUUGCCGGCCUAAAUUGGAUAAUUACUCUAGAUCAAUAAGCCAAGCGACUUCACAGAGCUCCCACUCACUACGUCGAGUGUAUUCCCUUUCUGACGGAUAUACCCAUCCUGCCGUUGACAAUGAUCGGCUUCACGAACCCGAGGAGGAUGAGAAGGCGGAGGAAGUGUCGGCUGCUCCUGGAAUGGAGUAUAUUGUGAAGUGGGAUGGACCCACCGACCCUUCCAACCCGCGGAACAUGAGAUUAGGGAGGAAAUGGGUCGUUGUCCUAGUUUUGGCUGUUGGGUCUGUCUGUGUUACAUGUACCUCGUCACUCUACACCAUGACGUAUGCGCAGAUAAUGGAAGAAUUCAAUUGCUCUCGGAUCGUUGCGACACUGGGAUUGUCCCUUUUCAUCUUCGGAUUGGGAGUUGGGCCACUGGUUUUGGCGCCAUUAUCAGAGUUUUAUGGCCGAAGGAUAAUAUACGUCACUUCGUUUACAUUCUUUUUAAUAUGGCUUGUACCGUGCGCUGUAGCCCAGAAUAUCGAGACUAUGCUUGUGGCAAGGUUCUUCACAGGAAUUUCAGGCAGUGCUUUCCUGAGCGUCGCAGGUGGCACUGUUGGAGAUAUGUUUGCUCGGCAUGAACUUGCAGCGCCGAUGAUGAUCUACACUGCGAGCCCAUUCAUUGGACCAGAACUCGGCCCUCUAUUGGGCGGUUUUAUAUGUCAGUAUACCUCAUGGCGCUGGGCAUUUUACAUGCUGUUGAUAUGGGCAGCGUCUAUUUUAAUCGCCAUUGCCCUGCUCGUCCCUGAGACUUACCACCCAGUGCUAUUCCGGCGCAAGGCUAUCAAGAUCAGGCGGGAAACAGGCGAUAAACGCUGGAAAGCUCCGAUUGAAACGUUAGACCGGUCCGUGGGCCAGAUUGUCCUUCGAUCUAUAUAUAGGCCGAUGCUGCUGUUAACGAUGGAGCCCAUGUGCUUGAGUCUUUGUAUUUUUUCGGCAAUCCUGUUAGGUAUUCUUUAUCUCUUCUUCGGAGCUUUUCAUCUGGUGUUUUCGACACUUUAUGGGUUUACACUUUCACAAAUCGGCUUAAGUUUUAUUGGUCUUUUCGUUGGAAUGAUUUUCGCCAUCAUGAGUGACCCAUUCUGGAGAAAAAAUUACGCUCGACUAGUUCAGAAGCGUGAGGCGAAAGUUGGCAAGUUGGAUCAAUAUGAGCCCGAGUGGAGGCUGCCACCAGCAAUUGCUGGUGCCCCGAUAGUGUCUAUUGGCAUUUUCAUUUUUGCCUGGACAAUAUUCCGAGACGUUCACUGGAUCGCACCUAUAAUUGGCAGCGCCGUAUUCGGUCUGGGAACCAUUCUUGUCUACUCUGGCAUCUUCACCUUUCUAGUUGAUGCCUAUCCUUUAUACGCUGCUAGUGCUCUAGCAGCGAAUAGCUUCCUCCGGUCAAGUUUUGGUGCUGCUUUCCCGUUAUUUGGAAUCCAGAUGUACAAUCGACUAGGAUUCAACUGGGCAUCCACACUCCUAGCUUUCCUGACUGUCGCAAUGGCUCCUUUCCCAUACAUAUUUUUCCGUUACGGCAAGCGGAUACGAAAGAGGAGUCGGUUCGCCAAUUCAACUCAUUGCUAGUCAUUGAAUUGAAAAUUACAUGUUCUCCCCACAGCUCUGCGUCAAAGAGAAGGAUAAAGGGUGUAUGUAGGUAAGUCAUAAAUCGCUACAUUAGUCAUGCGGCCGAAUAGAACAUUCUGGUUUGGGCAUUUAAUUGAUAGUGAUGUAUAAGGGGGCUUCUGAUCCUUUUUGAUUAUUCUGCUGAUUAUAUUAGUUGCAUGUACAGAUAGAUAUAGAUCAAUUUGCUGUCUUUCUUUUUAUUUUCUAAAUCAAAUAUGACUGCGGUUACCUUUACUCUCCAUCCUUGUCUCGCAUUCCAUAGACAUUCCAAUAUGUGUUCAAAUAUAUAACUAAUGGCGAGUAUCAUAUGAAUAAAUGUGGUCUAGGGAUGGAUAUUGGUGUCACUAUCAUUUGGUUUUCCAACGUAUAUAGGCAAGGAAAUUAAUAACUGUGCUCUUCUUCGUUUGACAAAUGAGCUAUUCUGUGUGAUGUUCCCGGCACAACGCAGCAGGUCUAUCAUCCAUGAUGGUGACCUAUUACUGUUUUCAAGCCGUACCUAUUUCUUCAUAUAUGCUUCACAAGAUAUAUUAGGCAAAAUAGCAUGGAAUCAUAAAGUUGAUCAUUCUUGGUAGUCC